AUGUCCAUCGCAAUCCCUAACUUUGUGCAAAUAAUUCGACCCCUCAAUGAGGUCCUCGAGCAAGCUUACGCCAGAUCAGGCAAGCGUACCAAGAAGUCAAUCAAGAAGGUUGCGCUCCGCACACUGUCUUGGGGGCGUACCCAUGAGGAGGCUUUUCAACUUUUGCAAGACAGCCUACGAACCGCCGUGACACUAUCCUAUCCAGAUCCCGAAAAAACCAUGUGCGUCUUCACCGACGCGUCCGAUCUAUACUGGUCGGGCGUUGUAACACAGUGCACUGAAGCCCAGUUGUGUAAGCCAUGCGACGAACAGCUUCAUGAGCCCUUUGCAUUUCUGGGAUCCGAAUUCAAAGGUUCCAGUCUGAACUGGUCCACGUUUGAGAAAGAAGCAUACGCCAUAUUCCAGACUUUCGAAAAACUUGACUACAUGCUGCUUGGUCACGCCAAUGUGCACGUAUUUACGGAUCACCGUAAUCUGCUUUUCGUUUUUGCACCCCUUGCCCUGGAGCCAGCAUUGGGCAGACACAUCGUGUCGAAAGUACAGAGAUGGGCGCUGUUUUUAUCAAAGUUCAAAUACGUAAUUGAGCACAUCAGCGGCAACGACAACAUCUGCGCUGACAUUUUGACAAGAUGGGUGCGCGGCUAUCGGAAUGAGAAGAACCUCCUGUGCAGCCUUCUGCUUGAGGAAGCCGACCAGCUAAUACCCUCAGCGGAUUCCAUCACGUGGCCUGACAUGUAUUCGAUAAGAUUGUCCCAACAGCGACACACGCAUGCGGACGGACUGAAAUUCGAUGAAAGCGAAAAGGUCUGGAAGCGAGGUAUGCAAAUCUGGAUUCCGCAACAAGACCUGGAACUGCAACUCAGUAUCAUGGUUUGCUCUCAUUGCGGAUCUAUAGGUCACCGCGGCAUGGACGCGACUGGAAGUGUCAUUCGCGAGAAUUUCUGGUGGAGCAGCCUCGAUCAGGAUGUCAAAGCUCUGGUACGCGGGUGCUACCACUGUAUUGUCACGCGAACUGGAGAAGUUGUGCCACGCCCGCUCGGCCAUGCCAUUCACGGCGAUCGCCCUAACGAAGUUGUCCAUAUGGAUUUCUUGUACAUGGGCCAGGGGUUGAGCAACAAGAAGUACUUGCUGAUCUUGCGUGAUGACUUGUCCUCUUAUAUUUGGCUCUGGCCUACGGAGGACACUACUGCAGCAAGUGCAGCGGAGGCCUUGUGUGUUUGGAUUGGGGUUUUUGGAUGCAUGGAGUGGAUGGUCAGCGACCAGGGGUCCCACUUCAAGAAUUCACUCAUCAAAUCGCUCACCGACGAGCUGCGCACAAAGCACCACUUUACGACGGCCUAUUCCCCUUGGGCUAAUGGUUCUAUUGAGCGCAUGUGCCGUGAGGUACUCCGCUCUUGUAGGGCGCUGCUUAGCGAGUGGAGGCUUGGAGCCAAAGACUGGCCUGCUGUUACUGAGGCAGUCCAGAGCGUCAUUAAUCACGCCCCUUUGCGGCGCCUCGGGUUGCGCAACUCGGACGAGCCAGGAAUAUAUCGCACCCUUCUUGAGGUGUUCACGGGUCACAAGCCUUUGAGGCCUCUGAUUAGGGCGCUACCUAUGCAUAAGUAUCGCUCUGCGCGCACCUCUGACGAAGCCCAGGCGCGUACGCUUGUCCGAAUUGGACAUGUCCAAGAGGCCCUGGAAGGUAUGCACAAGAAAGUGAAAGGAUUGACCUCUGCCUCGCGGAAGCGGCAAGUAGAUCGACACAACAAGCGCACUAAUGUGCACUGUGCACGAUUUGCGCAAGGGGACUUCGUUGUGGUGCGCCGGGCGCAGCCUGGCAGCCACAAGCUACAGUUUGUCUGGAGAGGCCCGCGUCGCAUUUCGAGCAUUCGAUCGGAUUGGGUGUAUGAGGUAGAGAACCUCAUCACGGGAAAAAAGGAAGUUGUGCACGCCAGACGUCUACACGCGUAUAGGGAGAGAAUGAAUGGGAAAGAGGUCACCCCUGCGUUGAUAAAAGCUGCUGAACACUCUGAGCAGAGCUAUCAGAUCGUGGAGUCAUUUCGCGGUAUUCGCGAUGCCAGCGGGGAUCUCGAAGUGCAUGUCGAGUGGGAAGGCCUACCGGACAAAGAGGACUGGACAUGGGAACCACUUGCGCAAAUCUUCGAAGAUCUCCCUGCUCGCUUAGAAGACUUCCUCCAUACUUCGGGGUCCCGAAAUCUCAAGAAGCGCGGACUCGCACAGUGCGAUUUCAACCAACACGCUUAAUUCCUACGACUCAUCAUCAAGCUUGAGGACACUGUAACGCCCUGCGCUCGCGACGAUAGAUAGAGAGCGAGAUGUCUACGGCACGAUGCCUUGGGGCGUAGCAGGGCUGGACUCGUAGCGCGAGCCUGCCGCAGAGGUGAGUGGACAGCCACCUCUGAGACUGGGAUUCCGGGUGCGUAGCCUUUGUAAGAGCUAGCGUCUAAGCGCACCCGUACCCCGCUGGGUACUGUAAGUACUUCAUGGGCCUACCGCCGAGCGAAAAGCCCCACUGCAGCACAGCAGUGAUCCUGGUCUAUCUGACCAGGAGGUGUGUAGGGCGCAGCGCAACUGUCGUCGCCUGACAGGGACGACACCGGGCGGAGAGUGCGGAUUGCCGCACCCGUUCGGGUUUUGUAAAUAAAGGCAGCAUGCUGCGUUGGGAUCCGGGGAACCCGGGGAGACGCACGCGUUGACUUUGCCCAUUCUCUUGCUUUCCCAUAGAUA